GCCUGCUCUGUCAUUUGUUUUUAGGAGGACUUAUCGCUCUUUUUUUGGGUCGAUUUCGCACUACAUUCCUUACUAUACAUUCCUUAAACUUUGCAUCGUGUAUAUAUUUUCCCCGGCCAUAUACCCUGGAGUACAUAUACAGUCCAUGACAAUGAAAUCCCUAACCCCAAUCCUCCUCUCUACCCUCACCCUCCUCACAACAACAAGCGCCCAAUCAACCCCCCUCUCCCGCGCCGAAACCGCUCUUGAUGUCCUGCAAUCAUGGUACAACACAUCCUCCGGUAUCUGGGAUACCUGCGGCUGGUGGAACGGCGCAAACUGCAUGACCGUGCUCGCGGACCUAGCACUCAUCGACGAUUCCUCGGACUCCGUGCAGGAAACAGCAAGAGAGGUGUUUAAUAAUACAUAUUAUGUUGGGCCGAAGUCGAAUCCGUUGCCGUUUGGGAGGUUGGAGCCGAAUGCUACCGCGACGCCGUCUGUGACGAUUUCUUCGUCGGGGGUGGCUUCGUCGACAGCAGCGACCCCGACAAAGACAGAUGGGGCGUAUGAGGUUGGGUGGAAGUGGAUUGAUGGGUCGUAUGAUGAUGAUGGGUGGUGGGCGCUUGCGUGGAUUGCGGCGUAUGAUCUUAUGGAGGAGCAGAAGUAUUUGGAUGUUGCGAUUGGGAUUUAUGAGCAUUUGAAUUCGACCAAGAAAGCCUCCUGCGGAAACACCGGCAUUUACUCCGAUAUAACUAAUGUCUAUGUUAACGCUGUCACGAACGAACUCUUCCUGUCGAUCGCCGCGCAUCUGGCGAAUCGCGCUCCGAACAAGCAAAAGUAUCGCCAGGAUGCAGAGAACCUGUGGAAUUGGUUCUCGACUGCUGGAUUCAUCAACGACAAUGGCACCAUUAACGACGGAUUGACUGACGACUGCAAGAACAAUGGACAGACUGAAUGGACCUACAACCAAGGCAUAAUCCUCGGCGCCCUCGUCGAACUCCACACCACCAACAAAAACAACACCUACCUAACCUCCGCCACUCACAUCGCCAAAGCCGCCAUAAAAACCUUCACAAACUCCACCUCCAACGUCAUCCAAGAAUCCUGCGACCCGGACUCCUGCGACGCAAACUCCACCCAGUUCAAGGGUAUCUUCAUCCGCAAUCUCGCGGUGCUGAAUGCUGUUGCACCGGAUGAUGACUAUGAGAAGGUGAUUAAGGCUUCGGCGGAGAGUAUUUGGAGGAAGGAUCGGAAUUUGGAGAAUGAUGAGUUGGGGGAGGCGUGGACGGGGCCGGUGAAUUUGGUGGAUGCGUCAACGCAUUCUUCGGCGUUGGAUGCGUUGGUUGCUGCUGUUGGGUUGUAGGUUCGCCUUGGGUGUUUUAGGUGGAAGUUUGAUGUAUAUAUAGGUUGCAUAUAUGUGCAUAGAAUUGCAUAUUCCGGCGUGUGCAUAGACUAUACAUGCAUUUCGAUCAGCUGACGUCGCCGAUUACAUAGUGCACAUUAGUGUAGCCCUAUCUGAAAAUGUAUGCACUCUUUUAUAACGCCCGAAUUGCUUUAUAUCGAGUCGAUAACCGUUAUCCUUGUCAAUUACCCCUUUGGGAAUGACCAAAAGCCAAGGUUGUGCCAGGACGAGAUCGGACGGUUAUCUUAUCUGAUAUAAACUGCCUAGGGC